AUGGGCACCGGUUCGUUUCUGAUCAAGGCUCAGUUGCUGGCGCUACUUUUGUGUGGGUCUUACAUAGCGACCUGCUUCCUACUGGCUCUACCUGAGGCGCAGCGGCAGUACCUUUUUCUGCACCAAGUGCGCUUUCCGCCGUUUGUCAAGUACGACGAGCCUCAUAAGCACGGCAUGCAGCCGGGCCGUGUGCGCAACUUCUACGUGAAGUCGACGGAUAACAACAAGAUCGGUACAUGGCACGUCCUGCCGCGGAGCGUGUACGACAAGCACAAACAUGACGUCAAUCGAACUCAUUUCCAGUUCCCCGUCGGUGUGUAUGAAGAGGCGUUACGUGAAUACCCGACGGUCAUCUACCUGCAUGGGAAUGGUCUGAACCGUGCAGCUCCUUUCCGCAAGCAUAUAUGCCAAGCGAUCUCGGACCGCAUGAACGUGAACGUCAUUGCCAUUGACUACCGCGGGUAUGGCGACUCUACCGGUGUACCCAGCGAAGAGGGCGUCAUUGAUGACGCGUAUGCUACGGUCGAAUACGUCCGUGCACUUUCGUUAAAUGAAGAGACCGGCAAGCGCCCUAGCCUCACGCUGAUGGGUCAGAGUCUUGGCACGGCCGUUGCUACUCAGUGUGCGUUGCGCAUGUACCGCGAAGGCAUCUACCUCGACUCGCUCGUCUUACUGGCCGCCUUCAAGGCUCUGCGGCCAAUGGUUUCCGAGUUUAAGCUGGCGGGUAUCAUCCCGGUACUGGGCUUUUUGAAGUACAUUCCGAACAAGGAGCAGCUCUUGGACAAAUUGCUGAAAUACAAGUUUGACACAAUGCGUGCGCUGAAACAGCUCGUAAGUGGAUUCAUCGAAGAUGGACCUGUACACCCCCCUUCUAUUCUUUUGAUGCAUGCUACCGACGAUGCAGUCAUCCCAGUGUACCACGCAGAGGACCUGUACAAUAUGGCGGAAGACAAGCUGCAGGCCAUGAACAAGGCGUCGAGCUACCAUGUGUGGAGCUCCAAGGCGCCUGACUUUGGCUUUGUCCAGGCAAUCAUGAACAAACAGGUGCUUCUGCCGGAACGCCGCGGCCGCAUGCCCGGUGCGCGCUUUGUCUUGCCACGCAAUGCUGCCUUUACGUAUGUGCGCUUGGAUGAAGGAGGACACGAUCACCUCCUAACGAACAAUGUCGAUGCGCUGCAGCUCAUGCUUCCUCAGAGCAUGACGGGCGGCGGCCUUCCUGCCUAUUAA